ACUCCAGAAGCAAAAACCUGGUGCCCGUUAUAAUUUAUAGUAUGGCUGAUGAUCCCCAGCAUGUUGCUGACAGAGAUCGAAUAUUCAAGCGUUUUGACACAAACGGCGAUGGCAAAAUCUCAGCGGCAGAGCUCGCGGAAUCCCUGAAAUUACUGGGGCAAAUUACCGCAGAGGAAAUCCAAACGAUGAUGGAGGAGAUUGAUACCGACGGAGAUGGCUUCAUUUCCUACGACGAAUUCACGGAAUUCGCUAGAGUCAACCGUGGUCUGGUCAAGGACGUUGCCAAGAUUUUUUAA